CCCCUCUCGUUACCUUAAAUAUUAGACAGAGCUGAAACCCUAGUCUCCUUCCUUUCAACACUCACUUGCGAGUUCUAGCGUUGCUGCCGGCGAGAUUAAUCACACAAGUUAUCAAUGGCGGUCUCAUUGCGUGACGUCAAGUCGGCAGCUGGUCUGAAGAAUCUCGACGAAUACUUGCUUAGUCGUAGCUACAUUUCCGGGUAUCAAGCUUCAAAGGAUGACAUUGCUGUUUAUGAAGCUCUCUCCAAACCCGUGUCCAGCGAAUAUGUUAACGUAUCUAGGUGGAUCAAUCACAUCGAAGCACUCUUGAGAAUUUCUGCUGUUUUUGGAGAGGGUUCUGGCGUUAAGUUCCAAUCAGCAGAAGCAAUUGCAACCCCACCGGCCGCAGAUGCAAAGGCUAGUGCUGCUGCUGAUGACGAUGACGACGAUGAUAUGGAUCUAUUUGGUGAAGAGACCGAAGAGGAAAAGAAGGCUGCCGAGGAGCGUGCAGCUUCCGUCAAGGCUUCUGGAAAGAAGAAAGAAAGUGGCAAGUCAUCAGUUCUGAUGGAUAUAAAGCCAUGGGACGAUGAGACUGACAUGAAGAAGCUUGAAGAGGCUGUAAGAGGCGUUCAGAUGGAAGGCUUGCUUUGGGGAGCAUCCAAACUUGUCCCUGUUGGAUAUGGUAUAAAGAAAUUGCAGAUAAUGCUCACAAUUGUGGACGACCUAGUGUCUGUUGACAAUCUCAUUGAGGAGCAUCUGACAGUUGAACCCAUAAACGAUUAUGUCCAGAGCUGUGAUAUCGUGGCCUUCAACAAAAUCUAACUUGAGCUUUGUGUCAAGCCCCAGAGCAAAUCUUUGGAAAAAUGAGGCUGAGUCUGCGAAUGAAGACGUUUCGUCAUUUGUUCAAGACUGUGUAUGACUGUUUCUCGUUUCUGCCUCGUCAAACUUGAGUUGUCUACUUUUGGUAUACUCUUGUUUCCAGUUCCAUUUGCUAUAAUGUCAUAUAUUUUUUUGGUAUAGCUUCAACUUAUCUUAAAUCUCUACAAAUACACUUAUGUUAGUGAUAGAAGGUAUCAUCAGCUUUUUGAGAAUUCAUUGGAUUAUGGAAGGCUUUUAAAUGUCAUUCUCUGCUAGCAUAGUCUAGUUGGUCCUCGA